AUGGGCAAAAAAUGUCGUAACAAGCGGCAGCUAUCACAUAAGUUAGCUUCCGUCGGCCUUAAUGCCUCAAACUCCCAACUCGAAAAAGAAUCCAACGAAGUCACAAGCUUCGUGCAUUCCUCCAUUAAAAUGCAUGCUAAUACAAAUAUUGAUAAAUCAGAGCUGUAUGAACUUUAUGGCCAAAUCGCCAUUUGGGAUGCUCAAAAUGCUGCCAAGAAGAUGGAGCCGUCAUCGAAGAAAUCAAUGGAGAACGGGUGCAAAGAAGAAUAUUCCUCUCCUGGACUACGGUGGCAAGAUCGCAACGUUGUCGAUUCAAAACAAUCUGAGGCCCAGAAAAAAAAAACAAUCCUGAAGAGGAAUCGGACACCUAAGGUUGGGGCUGAGAAGUUGGGCACAGCUAGCAGUGGUGAUGGGGACAAACGCAAAGGGGCUCCAGUUCCGUGCCUGCUGAGCUCACCACACCGUUAUGUACCGCCCGAGCUGGCCCAAGUUGAUCUAAUGACUUCGGCCGACUUCCGGGAGGACUAUUCGGCGCACAUUGAGUUCAUGCGAAUGACCCAGAAGGAUCAGCAACACAUGGAUUUCUUCCAGAAGAUCAUCGGGGAGAACCGACAUCUUUUCGAAGGACGCACCAUACUUGUUCUGCGCUGUGGACCCGGAACCCUGGCACUGAUGGCGGCACGUGCCGGUGCCACACGCGUCUAUGCUGUGGACCAUUCAAAGGUAACCGGCUAUGCGGAAUUGGUGGUGAAGAGCAAUCGAUAUGAGAACAUCGUCCAUGUUAUGCACGGGCGCGUCGCUGACAUUCACCUUCCAGAGGAGCAGGGCGUCGAUGGCAUAGUUUGCUGCUGGAUGGGCCACUGCCUGCUUUACGAGUCGGAAAUUUUAGAGGUGCUGCAGGCCCGCGAUCGCUGGCUUAAGCCGGGUGGCUUUAUACUGCCAGACCUGGGCAGACUUUAUCUGAUUGGCGCUGCCGAGCAAGUGAUGAAGAACCAGCGCUGCAACUGGUGGUUGGACGUCUACGAUAUGAAAAUGUCAAUAAUGCGUCGCUAUUCGCUCGCGGAGCCCCGAUACGUGAGGGUGACCCCCAAUCGAAUACUCACCCUGGCGCACAAUGUACUAAGCCUGGACCUUACAACAGCGACUGUAGAGGACUUGCAGAUAGAUCGAACUGUGCACCUUCAGGUGCAGGAGGAACAGUACUUGGAAUGCUUCGUCCUGUACUUCGAUGUCGAAUUCAGUCGAGCCCACAUGCCACUCACACUCAGCUGCAAUCCCUGGUUGAAAUCCCGUCUAAAGUCGACGUGGCUGCAGACAGUGCUCUUCAUCGAUGAACCGUUCAUGGUGCGUAAAAAUCUAAAAUAUCUGGGUCGCCUCAUCCUAAGGCCGCUGCAGAAGGCACCAACAAGUCUGAAUGAAAUGCGAUUUGAGAUCGAGCUGAAUCAGUACAUUGUGGAAAAUAUUCGUAGGACCUAUACGAUAGAUCGAACCCUGGUGAACAAGGCUUGGCUCAUGAUGCAGCGCAAGCAAACUGUCGAGGAGGUGGAGUCCUGUCAAGAUGAGAGAGUGCAGAACCAAUGGUAG